GUACGAAAAAUAAAAUUUACAUGCUAAUCGUAUCGCGCCACUUUUUCUUUCCUCGUUUCUUUCCCUUUCCUACCAACCUUCGCCUUUUCAAUAAGUGUGUUUCAACAGUUGUUACAUUUAAAAUUAUCUAAAUUUAUUACGCGUGUCGAUAAUUCGAGUCUCAAGCUUAUCACGUUAUCGCGUAUUAUUAAGUUCCCAGAGCUCAUCGCGGCAGAUUAUCAGAUAAAUUAACGAAUGCUUAAGCCCUCGUCUGGUUUGUCCGAUUAAGUAUGAUCUUAUAGUAUUACCGUCGCGUUAUUCGAAGUUCCAAAAUGAAAUGGUCGCGCGAGUUCAAUUGCUGUUCGUAUACUUUGCGCUCGUUUCGUUUUCUUUACGCUACGAGACCUGUGCGAGAAAUACGAGUGAUUUAGUCGGUGCUGUCCGAAACUUAAGUGUGACGGUGUUACAAACUCGAAAGUACGUCGAGCCGAAAGACGUGUAUAACUUUUUGAAGCUGAACGUAUCUUGGUUGCCGCCGAGUACCGUCCGGCAGCCUUCCUUUUAUAGCGUUGGGGUAACGGAGAUACAAGAGAAAAACGGUGCAACGGAAUGUACAAAUGCAACCAAGUUCUAUUAUAUAUAUAAGGAGCGACUCAGCGCGCUAAUACCUAAUGACAAUAAUUUCUCCGGUGUACCUGAAUUAUAUAUUCAACCUAAUUGUUCUUACAAAGUGCAAGUUAUUGCCAAUCCAAGCAUGAACAACGGCUCCGAAGUAUUCGUUAAGGUUCCCGAAUGCGUUGGGCUGACGUGCAGUUGUAUCUACGCGAAAUCUUCGAUACCGAUUCCCAAAGUUAACGUUACUCAAACGGAGAACCUUGUAAUCGUAAAUUGGAGUCCAAAUUUCAACGCGUCCAAUGUUCGAUAUUACGCAAUCAGUAUCGGGGUUCCUGUCUCAAAGUCGACGAAAGGGCUACCUAUUUAUAAUGUGAUGAAAGUAGGGCAGGUCCUCGCGAACAAAACUACGUUCGCAUCGAAUUUCAAACCUAAUGCGAGCAGCUAUAAAAUCAUAGUAAAUGCGAUUGAUGUCGACGGGUGUUCCGGGCCAGAAGGAAGCCUGGUUAUCCAUUCAUUGCAGAAUCAUGUCUUGAAUCACAACAUAUUGUUCAUAGUAAUCGGCAUAGCGUCAAGUAGUGCCCUGCUUGGAAUCUUAGGUCUCAUAUUAUAUUAUAAACAUAAUUCCUUUGGGAAAAAUAAUUUUAUCGGAUACAAAUCUCACUGGAUGGAAAAUAUACUCAAAAGGCAUAACAUUCUGUACAUCAGACACGAGUUACAGGAGGAAUGUAUAAAGGAAGAGUCUAAAUCGAAAUUGUUCCAAUCUGUAAAAUUGAUACGUGAACUGGGAACUGGACAGUUUGGAAUGGUAUAUCUCGGCCAGUUGGACGAUGCAAACGCUACUUUGGUGGCUGUAAAAAUGUCCCAGAACGUGGACAUUGACGACGAAAAUAGGGAACAGUUCAUCCAAGAGAUUGAAAUGAUGAGAAUGGCAGGGAAUCAUCCUCAUUUAGUAAAUCUCAUAGGCUACUGCACUCAGCCGACCCAACCGAUAUGUAUCUUGUUGGAAUACAUGCAAGGUGGAGAUCUACUGACUUACUUGCAUCGUCAGAGGAAACAGCUGGACGAUAAAAUACAUUACCAAAACGAAGAUGUAAUACAAGAUUUAUACAGGUUACAGGCUUCCAAAUCAUUAUACACUGCCAUAUCCGACGCAGUGAACAGUUACAAAUUUAAUGCUAAACAUUACACGAACGUCGCUAGCAAAGAACGAUCCGAAAAUGAAACAGAGAACAGGAUCGGUAAAAUGGAGAGACACAGAUUUUUAAUGUUCGCCAAAGAAAUAGCCAUGGGUAUGGAACAUUUGGAAGCAAUAGGAAUCAUUCACAGGGAUCUCGCGGCGAGGAACAUUCUCCUUGGGGCAGAUUUGACUGUCAAGAUCUCCGACUUCGGGCUUUCGCGUAACGGAAUAUACGUGAUAAAAAGUACAGAGGGAAAAGUGCGUCGUCUCCCUAUCAGGUGGAUGUCACCGGAGGCUUUAUACGAUCGCACAUUUUCGUCGAAGAGCGACGUGUGGUCUUUCGGGGUGGUACUUUGGGAAAUGAGCACGUUAGGUGGUUUUCCCUACUCGAACGUACAGGACGAUCGUUUAUUGCGCUACGUUAUUCACGAGAACGGUCGAUUGGAACGACCGGAUGAUGUGCCUACGAACGUUUACGAGCUGAUGGAUUCUUGUUGGGCCAAGGAGCCCGAAGAUCGACCAACCUUCGCGCAACUUCAUUCCGAGAUACAAAGUCUGAUAGUAACACCGUCUCUCGAAGAUACGCUUACUACAGUAUCUAAUCCUUGUUACGCGUUUUCAGAUUCAAACAAGAUCACGUAGCGUACGCGAUCUUUUUUAUAAGAACAAUUAUGUAAGGUGGUUUUGAAUGUUACUUACAU